AUGUCUAUUCCAAAACCAGAAGGAAACACCUUACGUUUAGGUUCAAAAGCUCCAAACUUCCAAACUGAAACCUCAAAUGGUCCAAUUGACUUUUAUGAUUACAUUGGUGACCAAUGGGCUGUUUUAUUCUCUCAUCCAGAUGAUUUCACUCCAGUCUGUACCACUGAAUUAGGUGCUUUUGCUAAAUUACAACCAGAAUUUGAAAAAAGAAACACUAAAUUAAUUGGUUUAUCAGCUAAUGGUACUGAAUCUCAUAAAGCUUGGAUUAAAGAUAUUGAUGAAAUCACUGGUUCAAAAUUAACUUUCCCAAUCAUUGCUGAUCCAAAAAGAGAAAUCGCUUACAAAUUUGAUAUGAUUGAUUAUCAAGAUGCUACUAAUGUUGAUGAUAAAGGUGUUCAAUUCACUAUUCGUUCAGUUUUCAUCAUUGAUCCAAAAAAAACUAUUAGAUUAAUCUUAGCUUAUCCAGCUUCUACUGGUAGAAACACUGCUGAAGUUUUAAGAGUUUUAGAUUCUUUACAAACUGGUGACAAAAACAGAAUUACCACUCCAAUUAACUGGGUUCCAGGUGAUGAUGUUAUUGUUCAUCCAUCAGUUUCAAAUGAAGAAGCUAAAACUUUAUUCCCUAAAUUUAGAAUUGUUAAACCAUACUUACGUUUAACUCCAUUAGAUGUUACUGAAAAAUAA